UUUCGUAGAAUACUGUUUUGCAAAGCGAAUUAGUGAAAACAAAGAUUUUAAAUCGUGAUCGUUUUUAUCGAUAAGAACCAUUUUACUGUUGUGUGUUUAUAUUAUUUUACUACCGAAACGGAAUUUUUGAUGAAAGAAAAAUAUGCAAAAUCACCGAAUCAUUGAUAACUGAAUUAGAUUAAAAGUUACGAUUUUUUAUUUGGAACCAGUUGAAAAGCAAAUUAAGAAAUUUUUUUCUUUCUGAUGUGUUAAAAGUGAUUUUGAGACAUAAUAAAUAUUUUAUUGAGUUAAAUGUCAAGAGACACAAUUCUGAAAGGAACAAAUAUUAAUCGUUAAUCAUCAUCGUAUCGAGACUGGUUUAUCAUCGGGAUUGAAUACGCGCUAAUUUGCAUAUGACACACGGUGGAUAUUUUUGCAAAUGAUUCAAUACGCUACGGGAUUCGAUGAAUCAAAACUCAUGUGAAUCAAAGCUAAUAUUUGAGCUGAGUGUGAUUUCCUAUGAUUUUUAACAACGACUGCAUAGAGAAAGGCAAUAAAUCAUAAUUUUGCUGUCGAACAAAAAAACAUAUAGUUGUUUAAACAAACGUAUAUAAAGAAAUACUCAUUUUAAAAAGGCGAUACACUAAAAUAUAUAUAUUCCCUUGUCAAAUGGAACGAUAAGUAAUUCUAUUUACGUUCAUGGUUUUAAAUAAACACACAAGUGAGAAAUGAUAAGCGAACGUCAAUCACGGCGGAAAGAAUAAAGUCCAACGAAAUAAAGAAAAUAAAAAAUUGUGUGGUUAUUUCGAGACGAAAAAGCUGACAAUUCGUUUGAAAAUAUGAUUCAAGCGGUUUCAAGUCCGACCGAGAAUGCAUUCGCCAACAAUACAAUUGAGACGCCGCGUCGUCGAUCCACAUUUUAUGUGCCGCUGACAAUAGCCGAUAUCGAUGAUAGCGUCAACAAUAAAACGUUGCAUCAGGAUGAUAGUAGUUUUAAGAAGGAGCGUCAAAAACGAUCGCUCGAUAAAAUUUAUAAACCAGAUAUCGCGUGCAAUUAUGGUUGGAGCCUAAAUGAUUCUGCUGAUUUGAUGGCAUCAAAUGAAGUGGAGCUACGAACGGGCGUUAAACGAACAGCAUCUACAUCGACCGCAUUAUUUUCGAGUAAAAAUGAUCGAGCUAUGGGCGAACGACCGAUUAAAUCGAAUUCGACAUCCGAAGUAAACAAUCGAAAUAAAAUCAAACGAUAUGGCAUCGUGUUAAAUGGCAGCGUUAAUUUAGAUGACGAUGAAAAAUUGCAAAUAAAUGACGAAAAUCAGUGCCAUAGAGAUGAUGAUGAUGAUGACGAACAAAAAUCGCCAUCGAGCACAUCGACACCCAUUAAAUUAAUGAAGUCACGAAGUCGAUCGAAUAUUUUAUGUUUACCGGACAAAUCAUUUCAAUUGUCGCCGUUGAAAGAAAAAUCGAAAACGUUACCACAAAACCUAUCGCCCAAAGUAUUAACAUCAGCAUCCGUUUCGAAUAUAGCUGGUACAAAUGCAUCAACCUUCCCGCCAAAGUAUUCAUUUUUAUUAAAAUCAUCACCGAAAAUUUCGCUAAGCUAUUCAUUUGAUGCAGUAGCUGCUGGCACAACAUCAAGUCCUGUAUGCAGCAGUACAGUGCUAAUAUCACCGCCAAUCAUCGAUAAAAAAGCACAAUUGGCAAUGUCACCAUCAUCUAGCUCAUCACCGCGCAAAGCGCUUAGUUUUAUUCGACGCGCACAUUCAACCAAAUUGUCACGAAGCAAUUCAUUGCUCAAGAGUCUCACGACGAAAUGUGUCGAUCAAACGGCUGAAAAUCUUCUAAAUCAUCCGGUAACUGAAUUGGCAUUCGAUCGUUUUGAAGAAUGCUUUAAAUCGGACAAUUUUUUUGCAAUGAUAAAAGAGUUGUUUGUGCUAAAAGAUGUUGCCACCAAUGAUUCAAAUUGUGGAUUGAUAACUGAUUCAACAACCAUAACCGCAGUAGAUACAUCAAAAGAACCAACUGAAAACGAUAAAUGUGACGAAGAAGAAGUGCAUUCGGACACAUCAUAUGAAAAGGCAUGUCGCCGUGGUUCGGCUCCAUCAACGCCGAUAUUGGGCCAAAAGAAUCCGCCUGAACAACAGUCCACAUCACGAUUCACAAAUUUUUUCUCAAAACGUUCUUUCAGAUCGAAUCCAUUGAAACGAACAAAAUCUGUGACAAAAUUGGAGCGAUCAAAGCGAGGACCGGGCGGUUUGCGUGGUUCACGAUCACAUGAAUCGUUGUUAUCGAGUCAUGCCGUAAUGUCAACGAUUGAUUUGUCAUGUACGGGUGCCGUUGGUGUUGCGCCCGUUCAUCAAUCCGUUCUUGGUCGACGGCAUUGUUUUCAAGUGCGCGGUGGACCACGCGGUGAACGAUACUACAGUUGUGGAUCACGACAAGAACGUGAUUUAUGGAUAUACAGUUUACGCAAAUCGAUUGCACCAAAUGCUGAGCAUCAGCGACACACCGAUAAUUCACUUAAAAUGUGGAUUCAAGAAGCCAAAGCAAUUACACCGAAAAAACGCUAUUUCUGCGAAAUAAAUUUGGAUAAAACACUGUACGGUAGAACGAGCGUAAAACAAAAGACCGAUCUUUUGUUUUGGGGUGAAUAUUUUGAUUUUCCCGAUAUACCCGACAUCAAUGUGAUUACAGUGAAUGUAUAUCGUGAGGGUGACAAAAAGAAAAAACGUGACAAACACAUUCUGGUUGGAUCGGUUAAAAUUCCGAUACAUGAUGUGACAAAAACAACGCGUGAAUUUACCGAAGAUUGGUAUCCAAUUGUAUCAGAGAAGCACGAUAGUUUUAGUCGUAACUCGACCAAAGAACCAAUACCAACAUUACGGAUAAAAUGCCGUUUCCAAAGCAUUGACAUUUUGCCCAUUGAAAUUUAUUCGGAAUUUUUGCAAUACUUAAAAGAAAACUAUAAGAAAGUGUGCGAAAUAUUAGAGCCGGUUAUUUUGGUUAAACCAAAAGAAGACAUUGGACAAGCGUUGGUAUUGUUGAUGCAGGCACACGGUUUGGCUGGACCGUUUUUAACUGAUGUUGUGGCAUUAGAUUUACUUCGGGUGGACGAUCAACGGUUAACGUUCCGUGGAAACUCAUUGGCCACCAAAAGUAUGGAAGCAUUUUUGAAAUUGACCGGCGAACAAUAUUUACAGGAUACAUUGUCUGGUCCAAUCACCGAAAUUAUUACGUCGGAAAAAGAUUUUGAAGUGGAUCCAUUAAAAGCACACGGUUCAUUAUCGAGACAACAGCAAGCUCUACGCAAUGCCGUUAAAAAUACAUGGAACAGCAUUGCCGAGUCGCAUAGGAACUUUCCACCGCAAUUACGCGAAUGCUUUGCCACAUUCAGAGAACGAUUGAUCGAAUUAAACCGAGAAGAUAUGGCUGACAAUUUGAUUAGCGCAUCAAUCUUUUUGCGAUUUUUGUGCCCAGCAAUUCUGUCACCAAGUUUAUUCAACAUUAAGAAUGAACUUCCAUCGCAACGAGCAACGCGAAAUUUAACGUUGGUUGCAAAAACAUUACAAACAUUGGCCAAUUUUACGCGAUUCCAAGGUAAAGAAGACUUUAUGGAAUUCCUGAACGAUUUCCUUGAACAAGAGGCUCCGCGCAUGAAAGAGUUUUUGCAUCAAAUUUCAACACGAUCAACACAACCACCCGUUGAUACGAUACUUGACUGGCCCGGUUACAUAGAUGAAGGCAAACAAUUGGCCAUUUUACACCACUUGUUGUCGGAAAAUAUUCCGAAAUUACCGUUGCCACGUCAAAAUGAGUUGGUCGAAUUGCAGGGCAUUUUGGGUGAAAUUACAAGGGCCAAACUGUCCAACAGUUUCGGUCUUUCGCAAACCAAUCUAUCGGAGAAUGGCCAAUCAAAUGGUCAUCACACAUUGUCUCGAUCGGAAAGUGGUCACAAUAUUACAUCGAACACAAUAAUCAAGCCAUUGGGCAACGGAGAACGUGGCAUUAUGCGAGGUGUACUUACGCCGAGCUCAUUGGAAAAAAAUAUUUUCCGAUACAAUGAUCCGACGGUGUCACCAUUGUUAAAUCAUAAUCAAGAUGGCACCGUUAUCAAUCGGAGCCAAAGCAGCAUCUAUUCGAAUCCAAUUCAACAUUCACAUUCAACUUCGAGCAUAUCGUCGAUGUCCAAUCCAAAUAACUAUCAAAAUCAUUUAUUGUCCACUACCGUACAUCAUCAUCAUCACAAAAAUCAUGCACCCAGCCCUGAACGCUAUGCGUACUUACAGCAACAGCAAAAACAACAGCAUCAACAGUACAAGAGUAAUGUUUAUUUGGAAUCGAGUGCAUCAACACCGCGUAAUUUUAACACUACAUCACACUAUUACCAAUCGAAUGGUGUUGCUUUGAAUGGUCGACGUAGUCCAUCGUUGCGUGCAAAUACGUUGCCACGCAACAAUAACAUUCUACCAGUUACCGGCACCAAUAAUGGCAUUCACAUUGAAACGACGUCACCGUCAAAGAAUUCGAAUCUCAUUCAAAUCGGUUUGGAUACAUCGUCGGCUUUUGUACGAAAGAGUCCAACACCAUUGUUGAAAUCACAAAAUCAUAACAAUAAUACACACAUGAUGCAACGGAACGGUUCACAAUUGAGUGACCGGGGUUCACAAUUGAGUUUAUUGAGUGACCGGGGUGGCAGUCAAUUGGGACAUGUUAAUGGUAAAUUCAAUUUGGAUUUGGGUAUACCACAUGAUCCACCGCAUCCAUUGCAUGCUGUUUCAGCUCGAACAACCAAUCAUAAUUCAAAUAUGCCAAUGAAACUAGAAGACUUGGACGAUUUGUUAAAGUAUGCCGAUGAACAGGCAACGAGCAAUGGUGACGAAAUUAAGACAGCCAAAGUUGGAAGCAGCACAUCCAUUGGACACUGCAGUUCGGGCUAUCAAAGUAUUACAACACAAUCACAAAGUUCAACAAGUCCAGUCGAUUUGGCGAGCGGUGUGAAUGUGUCGAAUCCAAUUGAUUUUCCAAGCAACAGCAUAAAAACGCGACGAGGUCUCGGCCAACACAUUUCAUCAACGGCAAAAUAUCAAAAAUAUGUAAAUGGAAACAAUAACAAUGCAAAUAUGAUGAAUGGCAGUGCGCUAGCAUUUAAAAACCCACUUUACCAAUUGCAAAAUGCGAUCGGCAUUAAUGGGACGAAUGGUACAACAAUUGCAAUUAACAAUAAUGUUGGUUCGACAAAUAGUAAAGGUGGACGAAGACAACACUAUAGUCAAAUUCAUUCAAGAGUUUCACAACAAUCGUCGUCGCUAACACCGUCGAGCAGUGAUGAAAGGCUUAGUCAAUCGAAUGCACUUGACGAUUCAAAUGGUAACACGGUCGCCGGAUUGAUUAGCAACCUAAAUGGCACGCUAACGAGUAGCAGUGACAAAGAACAUUCGUUGAACGAUGAUUGCGGCAGCAGUACAUUGAAUGGCAACAGUUCAAUUGUAAAACGAUUGACCGGAAGCAAUAAUCGAAUGCCACGUACAAAUCCAAUGAUGCAGUACAAACGCGAAGAUCCAAUUGAACCAUUGGCACAUCACAAUCAUAUCAAUCAUCAUCAUCGCUUCCAGAGACGAACAAGCCUUGAUUCUCCACACUCUGGAUCAGAUAGCUCAUCGGAGGGUGAAGAACUCAUUAGAAGUGACGGUAAACGAACGCGUCGUAUCCCGCGAACAAUUGAACAAUGUGAACGAGAAAUUCAACGACUUCAAUCAUCGUUAGAUGCCCUUCGGACUCAUCGUACGGAAGAUGGUAGUGACAUUGGUGGCCGUGACUCGAAUGAUGAACAUCAUGCAAUGCAACCGCAUAGUGACAUCAAAAUGCGAAACAUUAUUACAAAAUUGAUUUCCAUGGAAAAGGAAUUACGACAAGAGCAGAUGAAAAUGUCUGUUGCAUUGACCCAUAAGCAACGCGUUAUCGAAGCGCAAGGACAACAAAUUGCCGCUCUAGAUGCAGCCAACAAUCGAUUGCUCAGCGCAUUAAGUAGUCUACGACAACGAUACGAAACGGUGAAUCAAUCACCGAAUUCAUCGACUAUUAAUCCAAAUCAUUCGGCACAUUGCUAAGCAAUUCAAAUUCCGUUUGGAACAAUAUUCAAACGAAAUAAAUAAACAACAACAAAACUAUUGCUCAAUAUAUAUGUACGAAAAAGACAUCUUUUUUGUUUCAAAAGAUGAUUUGAAAAAGAAAACCAAAAUAUUGUGUUUGUGUGUUUAAUCACAGUGGCACAGCACAAACCCCAGCAUUACAUUUAUAAGUUCAUUAUUUUCGCAUCCCUAUCCAAAAAGCAAACAACAACAAUUCACCAAAAUCAUCAAAACAAAGUGUAUCACUAAUGUUCCCAACGUUCUUCUCUAUUUUGACAACGAUAUUUUACAAUUUAAAGAAAAUAAAAACAAAUGAAACAUUUAAAAAAAAUUGUAACAUUAAAAUGCAUUUCUUUUAUUUUGAUUUCCCUUCCAUUAUCCGUACACCUUCAUGUUCAUCAUCCAGUCACCAUUAUCUAUCUACUAAUUUUAAGCAAGAAAACUAUCCAAAAAUAUAAUAGAUUCAAAUAGAUCGUAUAUCCAUAAUCAAGUUCUCCGAUGAUGAUUUUAAAUAAAAUGGCAAAUAAAUCAUAGCCCAAACUCAAAAUCAAACAUAAAAAAUACUACAAAAUAGUAAAAAAAUAAUCAGAAAUUCGUAUUAUUUUAAUUUUAAAGAAUGAAAAACACAAAUUUUAUGUUCUGUAUAUUUAUUUCGUCUAGGUUUUUCUCCAUUUCGCUUUCAUUUAACUACUUUUUUGUACAAUUAGAAAUUCUACCUUUGAUUUAGAAAUUAUUCGAAUUAAUUGAAUUUUGUAUAAAAACAAUUUAUUGACAAUGAUUUUUUUUUUGGUUUUAAGAGAAAAAAAAAAAAAAAAAAACGAAAUCAGUUCGAUUCGUAGCUGAAUUUUUGCAAAGGAAGAAAUGUAUACAAAUUUACACAUUUCUUCUCAAACAUGUAUGAACACAAUUGAAUAUCUACGUAGAUUUUAUGUGUUUAAAACUUAAGAAUCUAUUUAAACAAUGUACUAUAAACAAACAAACCCUUUAGAAAUUAGAAA